AUGGAGCUGAAGGCCCCACUGCUGCUAGCUUUACUCUGCCUCGCCUCUCGCCUUCAUUAUUCUUUCGCAGCUUCAGGAGGAACAAACUCAUUUGAAUCGGUUCCUGACCUUGAAAAGUCUAUGUACACACAAAUCGAUGGAUUCCCAUGCGUUCGACUUCUCAAUCUUUCAGGGGAAAUCGGUUGUUCAAAUCCUGGCCGUGGAAAUGUUGUUGCUCCAGUUGUUAGAUUUAAGAAUGCAAAGGAGCUGACUGAACCAGCUUCAGUCUUGGUUUCUCCAGAUGAGUUUGAAAGCUUACUUUCAAGGCUAUUGAGUGAUUCAAAUUUUGCUAGAAAUGUGGCUGGGAUUUUAGUUGAAUCUGGAACUCAUGUUCAAAAUAGUUUAAAAGGAUUCUCCCCAGAUGCAAAGUUUCCACAGGCAGAAUUUGCUCCAUACAGAAACAACAAUUUUGAGUGGAACCCAGCUGGAUCUGGAAUCAUGUGGAAGGCUUAUAAUUUCCCAAUCUUUUUGCUCUCUCAGAAUAGCACAUCGACCUUGCAAGAGGCUGCCUUGAAGAAUGAGAAGAACAAAAAAUCUUAUACUAAAGUUGUUUCUGAGUUUGAUUUAGUGAUGCAGACUACAAAAUCUGGUACUCAUGACUCUGACACUUGUUUGAAAGAAGGAACUUGUCUUCCCUUAGGUGGAUACAGUGUCUGGUCAGCACUUCCACCAAUUAAAACUUCGUCUCAACUAAAUGGAAAACCAAUUGUGCUGGUGAUGACAUCUAUGGACUCUGCAUCCUUUUUCCGUGACAAAAGCCUAGGAGCCGAGUCCCCUAUAUCUGGUCUAAUUGCAUCGCUUGCUGUUGUUGAUGCACUAUCACACCUGGAUGGGUUAGGAGAGCUUAAUAAGCAGCUUGUCUUUGUGGUUCUCACUGGAGAGACUUGGGGCUAUCUUGGGAGCCGGAGAAUUUUUCUAGAGUUUGAUCAACAAUCAGAUUCCGUGAAAGGCCUCAACCUGGAAAACAUUGAAACGGUAUUGGAAAUUGGAUCAGUGGGAAAGAGCUAUCCUCAGGGCAUCAAAACCUUUUUUGCUCAUACUGCUGGGACUACAUCCGCUGUGAAUGGAACAUUAAAUGCACUACAACACGCGAAAGAUUCUUUGGCAUCUGAAAGCAUUAUGGUCAAAGCAGCCAGUACAUCAAAUCCUGGGGUACCUCCAUCCUCGUUAAUGACAUUUUUGAGAAAGAAACCACUGAUUUCUGGACUUGUGUUGGAAGAUUUUGAUUCUGCUUUCAGCAAUGAGUUCUACCACAGCCAUUUUGAUGACCUAUCAAAUAUAAACUCCUCAUCCAUCACAGCAGCUGCUUCUCUUGUUGCUCGAACUCUAUUUAUCCUUGCUGGUGGUGAAAAUCCUUCAGCUAUAAAUAACAUAAAGAUCAAUUCCUCUUUAGUUGACGAGCUUAUCAGCUGCUUAUUGAAUUGUGAUCCCGGGCUAUCAUGUGAACUCGUGAAGCACUACAUUUCGCCCUCAACAGCUUGCCCAAGCCAUUAUGUGGGUGUCAUAUUGGGAAAACCAUCUUCUACGCCUUAUCCUUCAUAUGUCGGGGAUGUUUCAAGGUUCGUGUGGAACUUUUUGGCUGAUAAGACUUCAAUACCAUCUAAAAAUGUAAGCUCCUCAUGCCCGAAAGAUUGUCACGAUGUUGAUGAAUUGUGCAUUAGAGAAGAGGCUGAUGGAAAAGGAGUUUGCGUUAUCUCAACAACCAGGUAUGUCCCUGCAUACUCGACCCGUUUGAAGUACGACGAGUCAGUCGAAAGCUGGACAGUGCUACCCAUUAACUCCUCGGAUACCAUGGGCACCGAGGAUCCCAUUUGGACAGAAAGCAAUUGGGAUACAAUCAAUCUCCGGCUUUACACAGUCCAAACAUCUACCUAUGACAACCUAAUUUUAUUAUUGGGUAUUAUCAUUACCUUUUUGUCGUACCUCGUUAUAGCAAUAGGAAGAACUGUCAUAAGAAAAGCCUUGAAGCAGGACUGA